AUGCGCGGGCUCUUGGAGAAGGCCGACCUGCCCGAGGUGAAGCGCCUGCUGGGGCGCGCGCUGUGGCCCGCGCCGAAAAGGAUCGCCAAGCCCAGCAAGGUGCCCGACGUCUGCUGGCUCGGCGGGUGCGAGCGCCACUUCCCGUCGGGCGAGCUGUUCCAUGACGGCUCCCAGUUCGAGGGCGACUACGAGCAGUGCGCCAGCGAGGCCGACGCCUUCCUGCGCGGCGCGUCAGAGAUGCUGCGCGAGCCGCACGUCGACAUCAACGGCCGAGAGAUCAUGGCGCUCAUCAUGGUCCUCACGUUCGCCGUUCCGCCCGUCACCGUGAUCGUGGACAGCGGCUUCGCGAGCAGCUGGCUGACGGAGCUGGGGCCUCGGCGCACCACGGCGCACGGUGCGGCCCGGGCUCACCAGUGGCGCGAGGUCUGGCGGCUGCUGGACGAGCGCGGGGGCUUGAACGAAGACGGUCUCUCGGUCAGGAAGGUGCCCGCCCAUGAGUCUAGGCGAACGGUCGUCGUCGUCGUCGAUGGCAAGAUCACCUACAAGGAGUGGUUCGGCAAUCACUGCGCUGAUCGCGCAGCGAGGUCGGCGGCAGAGGCGGGACGCAUCGCGCCCGCUGGGCGGCGCCGUCCCGCCAUGGCGGACAAGCUGGUCGAGAGCGCUGGCAUGUGGGUGGGCGCCGUGGGCGGCGUGAUGGAAGGCAGGGGCACCACGCACAGGGUCGCCGAGGCUAACUGCCCAACCCCGGAGGCAGUAGCAGCAGUCGGACCCGUGGCGAAGCUCGUAUGCGACUGGAGGGGUUCCGAGGGCAAGCGGCGGUGCAGCCGCUGCAGGUGGAUGGAGCGCGCCAGCGAAUGCCCUGGCUCGAUCGUCGCAGCGGUGCUCAGCCACAACGAGGCGCCGAAGCAGGCGGGCAAGGACGUGCACAUGCUGGUGCAGCUCAAGCCCCAGUGCGAGGCGGACCUCGUGCGCGAGAUGCCCGUGGAGAUGUGCGCAGCCUGCGGAGUGCUGGUCUCGGCGCGGGCGUCCAGCUUCGCCGCGGCUUGCGGCCACCCCUCGGCCAAGGGGAAG